GCUUUCUACAUGUUCUUCCUCAUCUGCACCGGAACACCCAUCAACGGACUGACGUUGUUCGUCACGGCUCAGAACAAGAAACUCAGGCAACCUCUCAACUACAUCCUGGUCAACCUGGCCGUGGCCGGACUCAUCAUGUGCGCCUUCGGAUUCACCAUCACCAUCACCUCCGCCUUCAACGGCUACUUCAUUCUCGGAGCCACUGCCUGUGCCGUAGAGGGCUUCAUGGCCACACUGGGAG